CAGGCUGGUAUAUAUAGGGGGAGCUUCCCUGGGGCUGCACUCCAGCCAAGGCAUCGCCGUCUCCCCAGCAGCGGCGCUGCCCCUUCUGCUCUCCCCUUGCAGCCACAGGUCUCAGCAGCAGCAGCAGCAGCAGCAGCAGCAGCAGCAGCAGCAUGGACAUUACCAUCCAGCACCCCUGGUUCAAGCGUGCUCUGGGACCCCUCAUUCCAAGCCGUUUGUUUGACCAGUUUUUUGGAGAGGGUCUCCUUGAGUAUGACCUCCUGCCUUUGUUCUCGUCCACUAUCAGCCCCUACUACAGGCAGUCCCUCUUCCGCAGCGUGCUGGAGUCGGGCAUUUCAGAGGUGAGGUCUGAUCGGGACAAGUUCACAAUCAUGCUGGAUGUAAAACACUUCUCUCCUGAAGACUUGAGCGUGAAGAUCAUUGAUGACUUUGUGGAAAUCCAUGGCAAGCACAGUGAAAGGCAGGACGACCACGGCUACAUCUCCCGGGAAUUCCACCGCCGGUACCGCCUGCCCGCCAACGUGGACCAGGCUGCCAUCACCUGCUCGCUGUCCAACGAUGGCAUGCUGACCUUCUCGGGCCCCAAGGUCCCCUCCAACAUGGACGCCAGCCACAGCGAGAGGCCCAUCCCCGUGUCCCGGGAGGAGAAGCCCAGCUCCGCGCCCUCCUCCUGAGCCCGCCCGCCACCGCGCUGGGCAGGCUGCCACCACCUGCAGGUCGCGCUCCCAGAGCCUUUGCGUAGAUAUCAGUGAAUGUCUAGAGGGGUUUCUUCUCUUGGUUCCUCCCCCACUUUGUUUCCUCUUUUUUUUUGUUUUCUUUUUUUUUGUUUUUCCCCUCUUCCCUUGGAUGGAACGAGGGGCUGGGUGAGCGGCUGGUGGACUUGGAAGCUUAAAAACUGGUGGGGAUGGCACAGACGGCAGUGCUGCCAUGGUGCUGUGCUUGCUGAAAGGGUCUUUGUCUGGUGCUGUAGCCCAUAUCCACCAUCAGGUAGGAAGGAGUGCAUGAGUAACAUUGGCUGCUGGUGCACCAAGCCUCGAGGCAAGGCUUGGGACAGGGGAAAAGCCCUGCAGAAUUGCUGUACCCCACUCAGAGUUCAACGGGUCACUCUCAAACAGCAACAGAGCCAAGCCCCACACUCAAGACCCCGCGUCCGUGUGACGAACCUGCCAUGAGUUCUUUGCAACCGCAGGAGAAAUAAUAACAACAAUAAUAAUGAUUAGCAAUAACAUCUCACCUUCGGGGGGUUGCAAUGUGUAUUUUUUUCUUUCAGCAAAGUGUUUAAGUGUCUCUGUUCACACCUCUGCCCUGUCAUUUCCCUCUGGGACAACUGACAGGAGGACAAGCACGUCUUUCCACUGUCUUUGUAGGCCCUCGGGGGGGAGAGAGGGGGGCUCACCACUGUGCAGAGGCUUCCCAUCCCCAGCCAGCUCUCCCCAGCCUGUGUGUGACACACUGUCUCCCUUGCUCUCCUGUAACUCUAGGGUAGUUCCACCUCUCCUGCUGGUAUCUGGCGCUCAACCUGAGAACGUGGUCAGUGGUGGUCAAUAAAGUGAUAUAGGAAACAUGCAA